AUGGUGCUACGAACAAUCAACAAAGUUGUGAUCUUAAUGUUGAAUACUUCUUUGGGUGCAGCAGCAGCAGCCUUCCGAAAUAAUCCUGCUGGAUUGAAUGCAGCAACUAGUCUAGUGUCAGAUAUUGGAUGGAGAGAGACCCUGAGAGAAGCAGCUACUGAUUUUGAUGCAGCAGCAGCAGCCACCCGAAAUACCCCUGCUAGAUGGAAUGCAGGUAUUCGAGGGUUACAAAUUAGAGGGGGAGAGAGAGACCGUUAAUCGAGAGGGAAGAGUAUUCCAGUUGAUGAAUGACUUCGAUAAGCAUCCCAUCUUUAAUAAGCUAAUCGAGUCGGCCGAUGUCUCUGAGUUGCGGCGGAUUGUAGCCAAGAUAGUUUCGCAGCCUGAAUCACUUAUCAAGGCAUCUCUUAAUCCACAUGGCAUAAAAUCAGUUCGGAAGCUUAUCAAAGUGCUUGGAAAGACAGGCUUGGUUUCUGAUAUGAAUACAGCUAUCUGCACUGGCAAUGGAUUCUAUAGAUUGAUGAUACAUCCAAUCGGAUCUUCUGUUAUAUUUAGGUGUCUUGAUGUAGCUAGUUCUGAGCAUAACAAGUUGCUAUACGAAGCAGCCAUAACGUACUGUCUCGAGCUGGCCAAACAUGAAAGAGGAUGCACAAACUUGAAAAAGUUCAUCACAUCUUGCAGAGGCCAAGGCAGACAACAACUCCUAGAUUUUAUUGCAGAACAUUCGUUGUAACUCUCUCAGGAUCCCACUGGGAACUAUGUAUUGCAGCAUGUCUUAGCAUUUCAUGAUCCUGCCUUGACCGAUUAGAUCUGCUCUGUUUUGAGCGGCCACUAUGUACAAAUUUCUUUACGGAAAGGUGGCAGUCAUGUGGUGGAGAGAUGCUUACAAUCU